AUGCUCUCUUUAGCCACAUUCUGUUGCGGACUUGCACUGGCUGCACUCACUGAUGCGCAAAUAAGCCUCGGAAGGGCCGCUCCUUUCGGGAUAGUCGCGACGACCGCCAUAACCAGCACCGGAGCAACAAUCGUUGACGGCCAGCUCGGCAUCUUCCCCAACGACGAAACUUCCAUCACCGGAUUCCCACCCGGUAUCUCCGGCCCAGUAUUUGGCGGCGAUGCCACGGCCCAAGCUGCCCGCGACGACGCCACGAGCGCGUACAACGCGUUAGCUGCUUUGACGCCCACGACCUCCCUGACGGGCCAGGAUCUUGGAGGCAUGACCUUGUUUGCGGGCGUAUACAAUUUCGCCUCCUCCGGCGGCCUCACCGGCGUACUCACGCUUGACGGCCAAGGCAAUCCCAACGCCCUGUUCGUCUUCCAAUUCGGAUCCACUCUUACGACUGCUUCGGCCUCCCAGGUGGUUCUGAUCAACGGUGCCCAGGCCUGCAACGUCUACUGGCAGGUAGGAAGCUCCGCUACACUUGGAACGACGACGAACUUUGCUGGGAACAUCUUGGCUUCUGCUUCCAUCACUGGCAAUGCAGGUGUUACAGUUCAGGGGGGCCUUUACGCACUCACUGCUGCUGUGACGCUGAUCCAGGAUACAAUCAGUGCUCAAGGCAGCUGCGGUGCACCCGUUUCCGCAUCGUCAACCACAGCCAGCCCGACAACACUCACGAUGAUGACAUCCACCGCAGCUUAUACCACAACACCAGCCUCGACCGUAACGAUAACUUCUACUGUCGUUGUCACUGAAAGCGCCAGCCCGGCCAGUACAGUGACAGUAACAGCCAGCGGCACCGUCGCCACCACUACCGUCACAGACACAGUCGCCACCUCUUACACGAAGUGUACAUCCACCACCACGAAAACGUCGACCAUGUCGACUACAAAGACUGCAAAGGCACCGCAGUGCACCUCUACGGCAAAGGCCGCCGCCAAAGACAAACGCGCGCAGCCAGCGACCAAAACAGUCACCGUCACGUCAACGAAGAAAAACGGUGGCCGACCCACCUCUACUGUCACCAAAGGUAAGGCCAAGUCAACUAAGACGGUCAAGGCGACACACACGUCUACAACGUCCACGUACUGGACGACUAAGACGACGUCCAUGACAUACACUGCCACCAUGACUCCGAAAUGCACGACCAGAGCUGUAGCAGUCAGGAGAUAUCAAAGAAUGUAG